GAGAGAGAAAAGACGAGGGCAGGGAAAUAUAGUGAUUUUGAUUUUCCCCCUUUCCCUCUAUUUUUUCGUCCUCCACUCCAUCAUCGCUCCUCGAGCAGUUAGAUGUCAGCCGGCGACAAUGGUUUCCGAUCAGGAACUUGCCAGUUGCGUGGAAUCUCUGUUCCGGCAAGGCGGCCCUGCCGUCGUUACGUCCAUUAACGGGGUGGUCCGCCAGUUGGAGGCCAGGUUCGGAAUCGAUCUCUCCCACAAAAUCUCAUUCAUCCAUGACCAGAUUGAUAUGCUCCUUAGCCCCCGUUUCCCCAAACUAUCUUCCACUUCUUCCACUGGAAGCCACCAUUUCUCCCAGAUCCCUACCGCAUCUCCAUCGGCCCACCUUCCUAGCCCUUCGCAUGAUCCUUCAACAAGCUUCACGGCUCAGAUGUCACAAGUAAUGGCGGGGGGCGCCGCCAAGGGGGAUCACAUUAAUCCCCACCAGUAUCUGCAGCCUCCAGUUGCAACGCCUGCACCUUCUGCUCCUCGGAUCUCUGCCCCGGCUACUAAAGAGAGUGUCCCUGCUGCUCCUAAAAGACGAGGCGGUCCAGGCGGUUUAAGUAAAAUUUGUGGAGUUUCACCUGAACUGCAGGUCAUUGUUGGUGAGCCAAAGAUGGCAAGGACAGAGAUUGUGAAGAAACUUUGGUCUUAUAUCCGGAAAUAUAAUCUCCAAGAUCCUAACAAUAAGAGGAAGAUAAUAUGCAAUGACGAAUUACGUCUGCUUUUUGAAACGGAUUCUACAGACAUGUUCAAGAUGAACAAAUUGUUGGCUAAGCACAUAAUUCCACUUGAACCUGCAAAGGAACCGAAUUCAGAUUCUAAGAGAUUAAAGCAAUGCAACAAGGAAGUCGAUGUUUCACUGGAAACUCAAGCUAGUCAAUAUCUUGUGGUUAUCUCUGAUACUUUGGCUGAUUUUUUUGGCAUGGGAGAAAGGGAGAUACUUCAGUCUGAGGCAUUGAAGCGUGUUUGGGAUUACAUAAAGGCAAAACGCCUAGAGGACUCCAUGAAUAACAUGAUACUGUGCGACACUAAGCUUCAGCAACUGUUUGGAUGUGAAAGCCUAUUUGCUUCAGAUGUCUCUGAGAUGUUGGCACGGCAUUUGUUCAAACAAUCCUAACAAUUAUGCGAUUAACUGAUGUGAAGUUUCAGUGGGUAUCUAGGCAGUCUAACAGUAUAGGAGAUACUGAUGACAAACUGAACCAGGUGCUUGUUUUUUUUUUCUUGAUUUUUUUGUAGUUUUAUGUUGUAUUUUAAUCAUGUUAAGUUUAAAAAGAUGAUUAUGGUUAACUUAUAAAAUCAACUUUUAGUCUUUUUGAAGAGGAGCUGUGUGAAUAGGAGCAACCUUGUUUCUCUUUCACUCUUGGGUUUAUAAAUCUUAUCAUAUGAUGCUUUUGAGUUGGGGUGA